CAGCGCGCCGCGCCGGCCUCAGUACAGCUCCGGCCGCCGCGCCGCUUGGCUCUCGUAUCCCUUGUUCUCGGCGGGCUCUGGGGGCUCCGCGCUGCGGCCGUUAGUCAUGUCGGAUUCUGGAACUUACGGUCAGUCUGGGGGUGAGCAGCAAAGUUAUUCUUCCUAUGGAAAUCAAGGCAGCCAAGGUUAUGGACAGGCACCACAAAGCUAUUCUGGCUAUGGACAAACUACUGAUUCCUCAUAUGGACAGAACUAUGGCGGCUACUCCGGCUAUGGACAAAGCCAAUCAGGUUAUUCACAAUCCUACAGUGGUUAUGAGAAUCAAAAGCAGAGCUCAUAUGGCCAGCAGUCUUACAAUAACCAGGGACAGCAAAACACGGAAUCAUCAGGAGGGUAA